AUGGUUUGGAGUAGGAAGAGACCUGAGAAUAUUUCCCAACUUCCUUGUGGCAAAGCCCUCUAUAGCUAUGAGGGGAAAGAACCUGGUGAUCUCAAGUUUAACAAGGGAGACAUCAUCAUCCUGCGUCGAAAGGUGGAUGAGAACUGGUACCAUGGGGAGCUGAAUGGAAACCAUGGCUUCUUCCCCGCCAGCUAUAUUCAGUGCAUCAAGCCCUUACCACAAGCCCCACCCCAGGGCAAAGCACUUUAUGACUUUGAGAUAAAGGAUAAAGAUCAGGACAAGGACUGUUUAACUUUCACCAAGGAUGAAAUCUUGACUGUAAUCAGGAGGGUCGAUGAUAACUGGGCAGAAGGAAUGCUGGGAGAUAAGAUUGGAAUUUUCCCUCUCCUCUACGUGGAGCUCAACGAAUCCGCCAAACAGCUUAUUGAGAUGGACAAGACAUGCUUAGCUGCUGCAUCUGGCUGCGAUGUCUCUCUGCCAUCUGACACCAACAUGGCAGGCAAUCUGGCCCAGUGUUCUACCUUAAGCAGCUCGGGAGCAGUCAGUGCCAUUCAGCGGCGUAUCGAUGGCAAGAAGAAUGCCAAGAAACGCCACUCCUUCACUGCCCUCAGUAUGACGCACAAAUCCUCCCAGGCUAUGAGCAAUAGGCAUUCCAUGGAAAUUAGCGCUCCGGUUUUGAUCAGCUCUAGUGAUCCCCGGGCUGCUACCAGAAUUGGAGAGUUGACUCACCUUUCAUCCAGUGCUCCAGCCCAGGACUCUUCUUCAGCUGGGUGUGCUACAGUGGCUGGACCCCGGACAAGUGCAGUUGUUGGAGAACAAGGAACAUCCCCAAAGGUCCAACUGCCCCUCAAUAUAUACCUAGCACUUUAUGCAUACAAACCCCAGAAGAAUGAUGAGCUGGAGCUGCGCAAGGGGGAGAUGUACCGAGUCAUUGAGAAAUGUCAAGAUGGCUGGUUCAAGGGAACAUCCCUGAGAACUGGGAUCUCUGGAGUCUUCCCAGGAAACUACGUGACUCCUGUGUCCAGGGUUCCUAUAGGAGGAGCUGGGCAGCCUCGGAAUAAUAUUCCUGGAGCGUCCCCACUGGCUAAAGGCACGGCAGGAGCUGCUCUUCCAGGAGGUGGGAGCCUGACCAACCCGGCCACUACUGUCAGACCCAUUGUUCCACUCACUGCACCUCAGACCCAUCCCCAGCACCAGGCAGCUUCUCCUCCUAUGGGCAAUUGUUUGAGGCAUUCAGCCCAGCAGGCAGCCAGUCAGGCUCGAAGUGCCAUGCAGAUAGCCACCCACCCUUCUGCUCAGUCUCAAGACCGGCCCACUGCGACUGUAUCACCUCUACGUACCCAAAGCUCUCCAUCCCGCCUGCCAACUACAGGGAUCAGGCCGCACACUAUCGUAUCUCCACAGCACCUCCACCAAUCCCCAAUUCAGGUCAUCUCUGGAGCACAGUGUCCCAGGCCCGUCAUCCCUCUGACAUCAGCAGCCUCGGCCAUCACGCCUCCCAAUGUCAGUGCAGCCAACCUGAAUGGAGACAUGGGCAGCGGGCCCAUCGGUAGCUUGAUGACUUCCAGCCCAACCAACACAGCCUGCAAAACAGAGGAGAAAAAGAAUGAAAAGAAAGAGAAGAAAAGCGGACUGUUGAAACUUCUAGCAGGAGCAUCUACCAAAAAGAAGUCCCGCUCACCCCCAUCUGUGUCCCCAACUCAUGACCCCCAGGCAGCAGCAGCUGAGGGAGCUCUCCAGGGUGCUGUGGGACCUGAAGUGUCAUUGCUGUCUAGCCAUGGAAGGGCUGGCUCCUGCCCAAUCGAGAGUGAAAUGCAAGGGGCCAUGGGGAUGGAACCCCUGCACCGGAAGACUGGCUCCUUGGAUCUGAACUUCUCCAUCUCAUCCCCAGUCAGGCAGCCUCCUCCUUCCAUGGCAGCCAUCCGUCCAGAGCCCAAGCCAUUGCCCCGAGAAAGGUAUCGAGUUGUGGUCUCCUACCCUCCUCAGAGUGAAGCUGAGAUUGAGCUGAAAGAAGGAGACAUUGUGUUCGUGCACAAGAAGAGAGAGGAUGGCUGGUACAAAGGGACACUGCAGAGGAACGGGAGGACGGGCCUCUUCCCUGGAAGCUUUGUUGAAAGUUUCUGAUGAGAACUGGCUGGCUUUCUCCCCCUAGCAUCCACCACCACUCUCCAAACCAAAAGACCUUCCAGAGGAAAUUUCCAUAGCACAAGAAAAGAAAACAAAGGGAGGCUUCAC